CUCACCUUACUGGUUCCGUGGUCUUACUCGACUAGUCGUUUUAUAACGCUUGGAUUGUGCGGUAGUACCGGCGGGACGGUUUCAGUGACGCAAGCGAAGUUCUUGGGAAGAGCAAAGAUUUCCAGUUCGGUUUUUAUCAGAUGUUGUUUACUGACUUUUUCCACUUUCGUCCUAAGGAGCGUGAGUUCGAGUCAGGCACCCCUUUCUGCUGACUAGCGCCUGUUGUACUAAUCUAUAUACACGCGCAUACACAGUUAUAUUGGUGUGGAACGAGUUGUGAUAGAAUUUGAGCCCUGAUUAGGAGGUUCAAUUGAGUUUAGUGCGAAUCUAACAUUAAUUUGUUGAAAAUUGAUUACAGAAAUUGUUGGUAGUUGAUACAGUUGAAGUGGUGUUUCUGCAAGAAAUACAUGGAUUAUUAGUUUCCAGAUUAGCCCCCAAGAGACUGAAAACAACGGCAAUAAAAUUAGCUCUUUCAACUGGAAUUUCUUCAAGCCGAACAUUCUCACCAUCGCUCGGUUGCUUGAAUCUGAUCCGCCCAAUAUGGGCAUAUCUGAAGACGCGAAAUUGGACGAUAUACCGCAUGAGGCUCGUUUGGCACAAGAAGCAAUACCGGACCGGCCGUGUCCGACAACGGCAAGCGGUGGCACAAGUAGCCCCUUGUCGGACGGCAAUAGUGAUGGCGAUUUAGACGAUUAUGCACCAAAGAGAAAACAGCGACGAUAUCGCACGACAUUCACCAGCUUUCAAUUGGAGGAAUUGGAGAAGGCAUUCUCCCGGACGCACUAUCCUGAUGUCUUUACUAGGGAGGAGCUCGCGAUGAAGAUUGGAUUAACAGAGGCUAGAAUACAGGUUUGGUUCCAGAAUCGGCGUGCCAAGUGGCGUAAACAAGAGAAGGUUGGACCCCAGGCGCAUCCUUACAAUCCAUAUUUGCCAAGCGGAGGAGGAAUCCAGUCCGCUACUGUGGUCGGAUCAGCGCUUCCACCGAACCCAUUCACACAUCUUGGAUUUAAUUUGAGGAAACCAUUCGAUGCGGCCGCUGCAAGCCUGGCGGCUUUUCGUUAUCCUCACAUAGCAGGUGGUUCGGUUUUGCCGCCGGCUUAUUUUAACCAAUUUCACAGAGCGCCGCCUCCACACGUACUAGCAACUGGGAUGAGUUCCAUGUAUCCAUCCACCUCCUUCCAAUCGUUAUUGGCUAAUAUUUCGGCGGCUCAGCGUCCUCCUGUGCAACCCCCGGUACAACAAAAACCCCCUGUGGGAGUUGAAUUUAUUCCGAAUGUUGUGAGUUCGCCCCCAGUAUCGCCAACUAUUGCAGCCGCUAAUCAUCCAAUAGCCGCACCAUCGGCACCUACAACACCUGGUUCUACAACGCCUCCCGAAGAUCGCCGAUCGUCAUCGAUUGCAGCCCUACGAUUGAAGGCGCGUGAGCACGAGAUGAAGCUGGAGAUGCUUCGACAAAAUGGCCACGGAGGCGACAUAAUUAGCUAGUUCUCAAGGAAACACACUUUAGGCUUUUAAAUUUCAAAGUAAAACCUGAAAACAAUAAUAAUACCAGUGGUAUGUGACUGUGAUGGCUACCUACUGUACUGUUGUGCAGAAAUUGUGCAAAUGAAAUUCGUAGCCUAGACUUGAAAAGCCUUAAAUAUUGUGCUCAAUUUUUACUUCUUGUAGUACAACGGAAUUGUAUGUACUUUUGUGAAAAUAAAAAUGUUUAUU